CCGUAAAACAACCUUGCGGCUUGCCUCGUGCCGUGCCUUCGCCAAGGUGCUCGCCCGCUUCUCAAGCGUCCCUUUUCCCAGUCAGUCCGGGUCAGCCUGGGUCAGCCCGGGAACACUUACUCGGCAACGGGCAGCGCUGCCUGCAGGCGGUCGUACCAUGGGGGGGCUUACGUGCUCACCAAGUCCAAGUGUGCAACCACUGCGGGACGGUGUGGGGACGUGACGUCAACUCCGCAACCAACAUCCGGCACGCGCUGGUGGAAAUGCUGCUGGGGCACAAGCGACCUGCAUCGCUGCAGACUGGCGGCGGCGGCGGCGGCGGCGGCGGCAGCGGCAGCGGCGGCGGCGGCAGCGGCGGCGGCGGCAGCGGCGGCGGCGGCAGCGGCGGCGGCGGCAGCGGCGGCGCCGCGUGCGCGCAUCUUGGUAGCGGAGGGGGCGGGAAAGGCCACGUGGAGGAGGAGAGCGCAGCGCCGCCCAAGAAGCGGCGCAAGCACGCAGGCUGAGGAGCCGGCUGGUGUCUAGGUAGCGGUCCGCGGUGGGGCUGGCAGGGCAUGCGUUGCGGCAUGACAAGUAGUGCGGCUGUUGACAACUGUGCUACGUCUGGCUGCGGUUGGCUCUGCUGUGGCAUCGCGACUGCUAGAUAGGCACCUGGUUUGGCUAUGUGCCUGUGGAAACCGACCCCGGCUAUGUCCGGGCGAUGAGGUUGUUCGGCCUCAGACUGUGGAGGGGCUCAGCCCCUUUUCCCG